AUGGGAAUCGAGGCCGUCGACCGCAACGAUUUGAUCUUAUUUGACAAUACUUAUACUGACCGUCUGCAUCUACGGGAGUCACUCCUCCUGCAGUACUUCACUGAUGUCAUUGGGGUCACGGACGAAUCAAACGUCCACAUUCAGCAUGCAGUACAAGAGCUUUACAACUAUCUGUUUGCGAGUUACCUACCAACGCGGUACCCGGCCAUUUUUGAAGUUUGCCCAAAAGAGGCGGCGAGUACCCCAGCGCAAGUGAAGAAUCUUGAGACCGGCCAUGUUUUUCCCAUGCAGGCGACACAAUCAACACCUCUGCGAGCCGCUUUGAGAACGAUUGCGCAGAAUGUCGACGAAGAUUUCUUCAUACUUUUCCCUCAACAAGGUGCAACCAAAGACGAAGAGGUCUACACUCUGGAAGCAUACGCAGCAUGCUUUCCGUCGGGGUUUCAGCCCAAAGACAAGAUCGGUAAAAGACUUGCCGAUAUCCACGGCCCGGUGCCGGGAUACAAGGAGAAACUGCAGAGAAGUAUGGAUCGAUUCUUCGCGCGGCUGGAGCCCGGUAGAUACGUCAAGCGAGUCAAUUGGGGCCUCACUGUCGACGAAGAGCUCUUUUCCAACUUUGACAAGAGCAAGCCUGCCUUUGAAGGCAAAUUGCAGAAACUGUCUCUUCAAGAGCUCGAUCUGGACAAAACUUUUUUGCGCUGUGAGCGUCAAACUCUCCAUCGUCUUCCAGCUUCGGGUGCCAUCAUAUUUGGAUUUCAUACCUAUCUCUAUCCGAUUCGAGACAUCAAAGAAGAAGGUAGCGGGGACUUCCUUGCGCAAGCUAUCGAUGGGCUUGAAAAUGGGAGUGUCCCUGAGAUGUUUACGUAUAAAAAUGGAGAAAAAUGGGCAGAUGCGGUGCGAGAGUAUCUUCGAAGUUGA